AAAGUAAACCUCCACUUUGAAAGUCCUCCCUGCCCGACCCACUGGGCGGGAUUCAGGCGUUCAAAGCGGUAGCCGGCAGUGGGCAGAGGCGACGUGGGUUACACAGCAUGGCAGACACGUUGGAUGAGCCUUGGUGGGAGACACCUGAAGGAACUAAGGAACCAGCCCUUUCAGAUAAUGAGGAAGAAUGUGCUAAUACAAGUGAAACAGUUCAGCAGACUUCAAGUUCAACUCUUGUUUCUUCGAAGAAAAGAAAAAAGGCUACAGAAUGCUUCCUCAAUGUUGAGAAAGCGAAAUCUAAGGAUGAAAAAGAAAUUGAAAUGAAGCCAAAGAGAAAAAGAAAGAAGAAAAUUUCUGAUCUUCUCACAGAAACUGUACCAAAGCCAGGUGUCCCAGCAGAUGUACAAAAAAUGCUCAAUGAACAUUUUGGAGCUAAACGUUCUGUGAUUGAACUAGAAGAAUUGAAACUGCCAGAUUCCUGUUUCCUCCCUGCCAAUGACCUCACCCACAGCUUUUCUUCCUACCUGAAAGAAAUCUGUCCUAAAUGGGCAAAGCUCCAUAAAAACCACACAGAGAAGUCAUCAGUGGUGAUGCUGGUAAUUUGCAGCUCUGCUCUCCGGUGUCUGGAGCUCAUCAGAUCAAUGGCAACGUUCAAAGGAGAUGGGAGAGUUAUGAAAUUAUUUGCAAAACAUUUAAAGAUACAAGAACAAAUACAAAUGCUGGAAAAAGAUGUUAUUCAUGUGGGAGUUGGGACACCUGGAAGGAUAAAAGCACUAAUACAACAAGAAGGCCUUAAGCUGACUUCCUUGAAAUAUUUUAUCUUAGACUGGAACCAUAGGGAUCAGAAAUUAAGAAGAUUAAUUGACAUCCCAGAGAUAAAAAAAGAAACAAUUGAACUUCUAGAAAAGGAAUUAAUCAAGCUAUGCAGAAAUGGCUCCGUGAAAUUGGGACUCUUUUAAUGAUUAUUUCUACAGUCAUUCUAUCAUCUGUUGGCCUCUGCUGUAUUGAGCUGCCUUUAAAAGUGCACAAAGCUGAAGAUGUGUGACAGAUCCUUUUGUCAUCCACCAUUCUUUUAUAAUAAAACAGUAUUUUAUGUGAA